AACCCGACCAGUUGAGAUUUGAUCGUCGUUCGCGUCGGUUGUGUGACGGUCGGUUUGCAGCAGCUCGAAAACGCCACAUAAAGGCCGUGUGCAUUUGCGGCCCUUUACCCGCUGGAUUGUGUGAUUUCUUGCGUGUGCCCGCGUGAGAGUGUGAGUGAAGAGAAAGAGCGUGAGUGAGUGUGUGUGUGAAAGCAUAAGUGCGUGAGCUGUUGUUGUGCAGUUUUUAAGAGGGUCCUUAACUGAAAAGAAAUUUCGCAAUUUUCUGCUCGAAUGCACCACGUGUGUCUGUUAAUGGGGAUUAAAGUGUAGCGGUUCGGUCACAAACAGCCGCCAUACUUACGGAAAGAAAGAGAAACCCGAAAGAAAGCGUUAGAACGGAGCGAAAGUGACCACGAAACACGGCGAUCAGUAGUGUACGUCUGUGUUGCCGCAUCGGACCUUCGCAGCCGCAGUUUGCUCGAAAGCAAACCACCCUUACUUAAGACGCGAAGUUUUUUUUUCCCGACGGCUGCGUAACGGACUUUAGCGGACCGCAAAAGCAACGCAUCAACCCACCGGGUCCACAAUGGCAAGAAAUGACAAUCGUGUUCAACGGUAGCCUGUGAAAAUUACGUGCCCGUAGGGUUAGGGUUGGUGUGCUAGUGCCGGAGGGGGUGAGAAAAUUUAUACCCCCCCCCCCACGAGUGCGUGAGAAAAAAAACCGGGAAAUUGGUCAGUGUGGAAGCGAGACAAGUGUCGAGUGAGUGAUCGAAUUAGUCCCCGAUGUAGAGAGGCUCGUGUUGCGUGUGUGGAGUGACAAAUGUGAAUAAAAAAUCAAUUUCAGUUGCAAAUUCGAACUGUGGAAAUUAAGCUCGUGACAAGUGACCAGUUCGUUUGGUGAGAUAAUACAAAAAGUUGGUGUGGAGUGCGACGACUCCAACGGUUCCAAAAUGGUUCGAACGAGGAGUGCUAAAAUGGAUACAGCUAAAGGCCGGCUGGUGCUCCUAAUAGGAAUAUUCCUGAUGAGCUGUACAACCCUGGCACAGGAUGCAGAAGCUCCGACAGUCCCGCCAACAAUAACCACGCCGAACAGUGAUCUCACGACCGAUGCUACCAGCACAAUUGCAAACGCGAUAGAGCCCUCGGAACCGACCACCAACGGUUCUCCGCUGGAGGUACUACCGCUAGCGACGAAAACACCCGAUAGCAGCGAAUCUCUCCCUGGCGGAACCGAUCCACCCAAGGUGGCGGAAGAGGCCACAACAACACCACAGCCUGUCGACUCACUGUCGACCGAGGGCACCACCAUCCACCAGAUGCCGGAAUCCAGCACCUCCGCAUCGUCCGAGGUCAAGAGUAGUGCCGAGGAGAGUCUCGCCAUGGCGUCCGACCCAACCCCAACAACUACCGUCCCAGUGAACGUGUCAGAUGUAUCGCCGACCACCGUUACCACCGCGAAACCGGUUAUUCUGCACGUCAAAUCGCCCGAAGAGGAAGCGAACGAUCGGGCCGGCGAAAAGCCGCCCUCGAUCCUGAACCACUUCCUACCGAGCGGCGAAAGUUCUUCGGAGGAGCUGCUCAAGAUGAGCGAUGUGCGUGCGUCGGCGGAAGUGCGCGGCCGUGCGAUCAGCUUCGGACCGAGCGAACCGAUCAACUUCGUUACCGCACCGAACCUGGUCACCACCGUGCCGCCACCGGUCACCACGCCCGCGGGGGCGAAAACCGCCACGACCAAACCGCCGACGUUCGAUGACCUCAGCGACAUCAGCAUGGAGUCGACAGAUUCAACCGAACCGGGGGAGAGCGCCCCGGGACCGGCAAGUCCGGAAGGGAAAUCCAUGGAAAUGGUGACACCGGGCGAGUGUAUAUUCAACGGCAUUGAGUACAAGACGAACGCCACCGUGGACAAGGACUGUGACGAGCGGUGCCACUGCGAGGAGGACGGCAAAUGGCGCUGCGAGCCACGGUGCGGUCGCCCGUUCGUGAAGCGUGGCAAGACGGUGCUGACGGCCGGCUGCUACGAGAAUCCCUCCAAGACGGACGACUGCUGCGCCACACUGAUCUGCCCGUCGGAGCGGUUCACCGAGGGACGUGUCGAACCAACACCCGUGUCGGAGGACGCAACGACGGCCAAAGCGAUCGUGACGAGCUGCAUCUACAAGAAUCGGUCGUACGGCAUCAACGAACGGAUGGAGGUGGGCUGUGACCAGAUCUGUACCUGCACCAGCGAUGGCGAGAUGGAAUGCGCACCACGCUGUGCGCCACUCAAUGCGACCCGCUCGGAACAGUGUGUGGUGUUGCCGGAUCCGCACGACCCGUGCUGCAAGCGCGAGUUCUGCGAUGUUACGCUCGAUGACCACGAGCAGAGCAGUGGCGUGAUGAUGAUGAUGGCGCCGGCCUCUUCCUCGUCCUCCCCAUCGACGACCACCGGCCCUGAGGACGAUCUCCCGCCGGACCACUCGACGACGGGUGCUGGGUGCGAGUUCAAGGGUCGCCGGUACAAACUGAACGACCAGUUGCACGACGAGUGUAAUGCGCUCUGUCUCUGUACGGAAGCCGGCAUGCACUGUGCGAAGAUCGAGUGUCCUUCCGAGUUUGGGCUGGACGUGCUCGAUCCGCACUGUCUCAAGUGGGGCCCGGAUCCGGCCACGUUCCGUGCGAUCGCACCACGCUGCUGCCCGGAGCGGAUGCGCUGCAUCGACAAUGGGACCUGCGAGUACAAGGGUCAGCUGUUUGACAACUGGUCGGACAUCCCGAGCAAUCUGACCGGGUGUGAGCAACACUGCUACUGCGAUACGGGCAUUGUCGAGUGCCGGCCGGCUUGUCCUCCGGUGCCCGCGUCACCACCGUCCCAUCUGCCGUGCAGCUCGAGAAACGCUCGGCUGAUGCCGAUCCCUGGCGAAGAGUGCUGCAAACAUUGGACCUGUAGUCCGACUGCGGACAAUGGAAUUGCAAGUGGGAACGACGUGCUUAAGCCAUUGCUAAUGCCCGGCACAAUCAAUCAGUUCCUGCCGACCAAACCACCCCGAACGGACGCGAAACCGUCCGCGGACAAGGAGAAGCAGCAUCCGGACUCGAGCAGCGCAGACAAGGAACCGGCACUUGUGCCGUUCUACCCAACGAUCGACGGAAAACCGCCCAAAGUUCCGCAGGAAAAGCCCCACAAGAAGUACACCAAAGAGGACGCGAACAAGAAGGAUCACUUUAACAACAUUUUCGGUGGCACUCAGCCGGGUGAGCCGGGUGAGCUGCCGGACGAUGGAAAGUACGACUACGGAAGCUACGAGGAGGGCAUGAAACCGGCAACACUCGGUGUCCAGCGUCCUGGGCCACCCGGCUACUAUGGGCCAGAGAUUAAGCCUCACUAUGGAGCCGAUUUUAAUCCUUACCUUCACCCGUUGGCCGGUGGUAAUGGAGCUCCGGCAGGUCAAACCGUUGGUGGUCAACCGAUCCUUCACCCGGGACAACAUCCGGCCGGGUUGGACAAACAGCUAUUGAACGUACUGGGUCCGAACGGUCCGGGAAGUCUUCCGCCCAACAUCCGCAUCGAACAGCUACUGCAGCACAUUCAUUCGCAGGACCCGAAUCUCCCACCGCAGGGUUCUCCGCUAUUGCACGGCCAGAAUCUUCCACCGAACGUUUCCCCCUAUCAACCACAGCUUCCGUCCGCCGGUCAACCGACGGCGACGGGCAAUGGCAUCAACUACAACCAGUACGGUACGGAUCCGCAUGCGCCAUCGCACGUAGACAUUGGCAUUGCACCGCACGACCAUUCACCACCAUCGGCACCCGCAGGUCCUGGAGGUGUUGCAGGCCCAGGAGGUCUAGCGUUCUCUGCCCUGCAGGUUGACCUGAAGGUGCUCGCCCUGGAUGCGAUCGAUUCGAACACUGUGCGCGUCAUCUUUCUGGUCCCGCAGGUGUACGUUGGUUUGCACGGGCGCGUUGAACUCCGGUACACACGCACGCGCAACAAUGACACCAGCACCUGGCAGUCGCAAGUGUUCGCCCCACCGGACGAUCUGAUCGCAACACCUCAGCUAGAGUUUGAGCUACCCGGCCUUAACGCCAACACAGAGUAUCGCGUGAAGAUAACGCUGAUUCUGCGCGACGUCAACUCGCAACCGUCUAGUCAGGUGUACACCGUCCGUACGCCCUCGGACCGUGUCAUUACGCCACCCUCGAUCGGCAUCGGUACCGGUCACUUCCCGCAGAUGAGCCACCCCACCAACUUCCUCAAGGAGAUCAUCCAGGAUCCGGAGUUGCGCGCGUCCGAGGUUAACUCGACGUGGGCCAAAAUCAACUGGCGAAAGCUGGACGACGAAGAGCUGGAUUACGUCGAUGGGAUACAGCUGCGCUAUCGGGAGAUCGAUAGCGUGGUCUACCAUGCGACUCCCCUCAUUCACCGCGCGCUAAGCGAAUACACCGUCGAAGGUUUACAGCCCCAAACGCGCUACGAGGUAGGCAUAUUUUUCAUACCCUUCCCGGGCCACGGUGAAGAGGUGCGGGCCGGGGAGAUGCUGCAGAUCAUCACGGCCGAACGGAUCGAUGUGUACGGGUUCGAGGUGGUUGUGAAUGCGAGCAAAAUCAAAGCGACCAGCGUCGAGGUUAGCUGGUCCGGUGUGCCCUAUCCGGAGGAUAAGUACAUCAACAUCUAUCGUGCGAUUUACCAGAGCGAUAGUGGGAAGGAAGAUUCAAGCGUGUUUAAGGUGGCCAAACACGACUCCACCACUGGUACGCUUAUAGCGGAUCUUAAGCCAGGCACCCGAUAUCGGCUGUGGCUCGAGAUGUACCUCACCAACGGUAGCAUUAAGAAGAGCAAUGUGGUCAACUUCAUCACCAAACCCGGUGGACCAGCUGUGCUCGGAAAGACAGAUAAACUGGCAGCUGCCGGGGCGGCUGGUGCAGUGAAUGGAGACUACUACGGUCCUCUGGUGGUUGUCGCUGUCAUCGCAGCACUGGCCGUCAUGUCCACCCUAAUACUGCUGCUCAUUCUGACGAGGCGCCGGGUGCAGAGCGCGACCAUAACGCCACCAAGGAAGAAUGAUGCCGCGUACGAUAAUCCCAGUUACAAGGUGGAAAUUCAACAGGAAACUAUGAAUCUAUGAUUCGAGCGUGUCUCGCUUUGAUGGACAUCUCCAAAGGCUGGAUUCCAGUCGGACCAACCAACGUUCCAGUGUUCAUGCAGCCGGGUCCAGCGUAGCGGAUGUUUUCUAUUUAUUCUACUGUCCAUCGAUGUGAGACAACGACGAGCAAUCGACUACCCGGAUCGUGUAGCCGAUGCGAUGCGAUCUUCCCAAUGUACAUAGUAGUAUGUUAAUCCGUCCCACUAUCACAAUUGCCACGAAUGUAAGCAAAACCUACGGCGGCCCAACGUUUGCGAUCCCAUCGCUCCUCCAUCCUCUUAUGUGUAGCCAUAGUUCCUUUGUAAAGAUAAGUUUUGGUAGCGUAUCCACCGGAGCCGUCAGAAAAGUGGAAAAGGGUUGAAAAUACGACGUGUAAAUAAUAGCGGCCUCGAAAUGGUUCAACCCGAUCGGAUAGGAAUAUUUGAAAGAUGCGGGCUAGGAGUAUACACUGUACAUAAAUAAAAUUUACUCGAGAUUUUAACAA